AUGGCAGAAUACUGGAAAUCAACGCCAAAGUAUUGGUGCAAAUACUGCGAAGUCUUUGUCAAAGAUACCAAAUUCGAGAAGCAACAGCACGAAGCUACCGGCCGCCACCAAGGCAACAUCCGGCGAUCGCUCAAGAGCCUGCAUCGCGAGCAGGAAAUCGAAUCGCGCAAGGCAGCGCAAGCAAAGGCCGAAGUUGCGCGUCUGAACGGGCUUGUGCCUGGUGCAAGUGGCGCAGGCCCAUCCGUUGCAGCAGGCGUGGGCGACAAAGCCACAUUCGCAAAGAGAGAACCUCAGAAGAAGGCAACCGUCGAGGACAGGAAAAGGCAAUGGGAGCAGCUAGCGGCCAUGGGUGUCGCGCUGCCUGAAGAAGCACGGCAAGAUAUGGGUAUGGCUGGAGAAUGGAAGGUAGUAACCAAGAAGUUGGUGGGAGAGGUCAAUGAGAAGGGGCAGUUUGAGGAGAAGCAGUUGAACAAGGGUGUGCACAAACGGAAGAUCGACGAGACAGAAGAAGAUCGGAUAGCAGCAGAGGGCGUGAUCAGCAAGAAGAAAGGCUGGGGGCAUACCUACAAGCCCUUUCCUGGGAGUAAAGGCGAAGACGAGGAGAUUGAGAGCUUGCUUGGAACGAAAAGCACUCCGGAGGUCAAAGAAGACCCGAGUGUCAAGGCAGAAGACCCGGUGAAGGACGAAGAGGCUGCGAAGACGUUGCAGGAUAUACCCACAGCAGAAGAAGCGGCAGCCAGUGCUGCGACGGCGCCGGUGAAGCAAGAGGAAGAUACACCAUCUGCACCAGCUGUCAUAUUCAAGAAAAGGAAGAAGAUCAAGGUAUGA